AUGAAAUUUCCCAGUGAGAAUCCAAGAAAACCGGGGAACAUGAACCCACCUCCAGUUCCAGUUCACACCAACCUGGUCCCCCCGAAGAAGGUGCAGCCAGGCAUGCUUCAGUCCAGCCUGGUUCACGCCAGUCUGGCCACCAUGCAGAACCCCAUGGGCUGCUCCCUGCCUCGCCUGUCCGUGUCCCGGCCGGCGAGCGUGGUGGCCAGUAUAGAGGCGGGUCCAGAUGGUACGGUGGUCUUCACCUUUAUGAAGCUGAAGACUGUGCUGGCCGUGUUCGUGGUGGUGGUCCUGUACCUGGUGGCUGGAGGCCUGGUGUUCCAGGCUCUGGAACAGCCUUUUGAGGACAACCAGAAGAUCACCAUCACAGCAGAGAAAGCUGCGUUCCUCCACAGGCACCCCUGUGUGAGCCCCGCUGAGCUGGAGGCCAUCAUCAAGCACUCGGUGGACGCAGUGAACGCUGGAGUGAACCCGACCGGGGACACCUCCUACAACUCGAGCCAUUGGGACCUGGGCAGUGCCUUCUUCUUCGCUGGGACGGUCAUCACCACCAUCGGCUACGGGAACAUCGCUCCGAGCACAGAAGGGGGCAAGAUCUUCUGCAUCCUCUACGCUAUCUUCGGCAUCCCCCUCUUCGGCUUCCUGCUGGCAGGGGUCGGCGACCAGCUUGGAACCAUCUUUGUCAAGAGCAUCGCCCGCGUGGAAAAGAUCUUCAAAAACAAAUCCAAUCAGAUCAGUCAGACAAAGAUCCGCGUGGCGUCCACUCUGCUCUUCAUCUUGGCCGGCUGCAUCCUCUUCGUCACCAUCCCGGCUGUUAUCUUCAAGUACAUCGAGGGCUGGACCGCACUGGACUCCACGUACUUUGUGGUCAUCACCCUCACCACUGUGGGGAUAGGGGACUAUGUGGCAGGGGGAAACCGGCGUAUCGAGUACAGGAAGUGGUACCGUCCUCUGGUGUGGUUCUGGAUCCUGGGGGGUUUGGCUUACUUUGCUGCAGUGUUGAAUAUGAUUGGGGACUGGCUCAGGGUUCUGUCCAAGAAGACCAAAGAGGAGGUUGGGGAGAUAAAGGCUCAUGCUGCAGAGUGGAAAGCAAACGUCCGUGCUGAGCUGAGGGAGACUCGGAGGAGGAUGAGUGUAGAGGUCCAUGACAAGCUGCAGCGGGCGGCCACUAUCCGCAGUAUGGAGCGCAGACAGCUGGGGCUGGACCAGCGCGCUGUAUCUCUGGACAUGCUGUCCCCAGAGCGCCGCGCCAUCUUCAACAGUCUGGACGCUAACACGAACAGCUACAAGACCUCCUCCCAAGAGAGCAUCGACACCAAGCUCAACAACCUGCGUCUGCGUGGGGCGGAGCAGAGCGAGCGGAGGAACCAGCAGGCCACGUCAGAAGACAACAUCUUCAACCGCCUGGGCUCUGUCACGAAGCUGGCCAAACGCAGCAGGAACAGAGACCUGAAGAAGAACAUCCCCGAUGAAGCACGGCGCCCACACAGUGAGGCCUAUGGGUGCAGCUCUCCCAUGUUUGAAUGUAGCACUCCCUCCAGCGAUGACAAGUGCAAGGACGAGCCAGACGAGGAUAAGGAGUGUAACAUGAGCCUGUCCGACUUCCCGCUGUAUGUGCCUCAGAACUCUUUCACUGUGGAGCCCCCCAGAGACAGCCAGAGCACCAUCAGACUGGAGGAGCUGCAGGGAGACAUGGGGCUGUAA